ACCUCAACAACGCUGAACAACAGCAUCCAUCCACAGCCGCCUCAGUUGAACGGUCGCCUCAGUUGAACGACGCGAUUCAUAACGUGAAAAUCGUCUUCUUUUCGCAAGACAUCCUUCCCACGAUAGCAAAAAAAAACGAUACGAAUAAAAAAUUUUGAAAUUUUUUUUUGAAAAUAUUUAAAAUAAUUUAAUCUAGACGAAAUCGAGUGAAAUUUUAUUUCACCGCUAAUUUCUUAUCGAGUGAAAGAAGGAUCUUUUGAAUACACGGGAAGAAUCGCAACACCAUCAAAAUGCAGGUGUUUGAUAACACUAUGCGACGUGCCUCACGCCGUGCCUCCCUGAGACGUGGCUCCAUUUCAAUGUUGCCCCAAAAACAAUCCGAAAUUCCAUGGGACAUUUUGGAGCGUCUUGCUAUGCCAUUCCUGUUCUGCCAUGCCGCGGCCGUUGUCAUUUCAAAUGUUUUGCAUGUCUUUGACAUCUCCCAUGUAUCGACAUUUGCUGUGUUUGUGUGGUUCGCCUUGUCGACAGUCGGUGCUGUAUUGUUUUAUCAUUUUGUCAAGGUUACUGCCUCCGGCAAAGGUGUCUUGAUUACUGGCUGUGAAGCACCCAUUGCUUGGUAUUUGGCCAAGAAAUUGGACGAUUUGGGUUUCCAUGUCUAUGCUGGGUUCAAUGUACCCAUUAAAGAAUGCGAGGAGGCUACCAUCCUGAGGGAAGAGACAUCGGGACGCAUGAAGACCAUCUAUUUGGAUAUUACAUCGGAGAAGUCGAUGUUGGAAGCUGCCAUGUUUGUGUCGGAACAUUUGCCAUUCGGUGCCAAGGGCUUGUGGGCCGUUAUCCACUGUGCCCAAUGGGUGGCCUUGGGCGAAAUUGAAUGGUUGCCAUUUACAGUAUUGCGUAAAUCUUUGGACUUGAAUUUGUUGGGUUGCGCUCGUUUAACUCAAAUUAUGUUGCCUUUAAUUCGCGGUGCCCGUGGCCGUGUAAUUUUCUUGACUUCCGCCCUCAACAAGAUCCCCACCCCUGUACGCAGUGUCCAAUGUGCCACCCAGGCUGCCAUUGAAAGCUUUGCCGCCUGUCUGCGCCAAGAAAUGCGCACCCGCAAGGUUGAUGUAUCCGUUGUGGCAGCUGGCGAGUUUACACCCGGCAAUGCCUGGUUGAAGGAAGACGAUUUGCGUGAACAGGCCAAGAAAAUGUGGGGACAAAUGUCACCCGAACAGAAGAGAGCCUAUGGUGAGGAUUACUAUGAAGCUGCAAUGACCUGCAUUGAGAAGUAUUCCAGAGAGGCUGCCGACAUCCAACCCACUGUCCGUGUCCUGAUCGAUGCCACCACCCGUUCCUUCCCCAUGGCCCGCUACACUCCCGUCACACCCAAGGAAAAGUUGCAAAUCUUCUUGGCCGAACAUUUGCCACCAUCCUUGUACGAGGUAUUCUAUGGUGUUCCAAGGAAAUAAUUCCGUUAAUUUAGGAAGAGAUGACGUCAUAGCUACAGUGAAUUAGAUGAACAUACACACACAUAAAUACAAUACAAUAAUUUUAUAUAUUUUUUGUGUUUAAGUCGAUUUUGAUUUAGAAGAAAUACUCAACAAUUAACAGCAUUUUAGUUAGCAUUUAUGAGCGAAUAAUAUUUUUUUUAAUUCUA